GCGCCUCGGAAGCACCUGGGUGCGUUGCGCGGGAGGCUGGGCAGCUGGCUGCGCGGCUCUGCGCUGGACCCCACCUGGUGGGCGCAAGCCACGCACACCCGGCUCUGCGCGGCCGCCUCCACAGCUAGCACAGCCGGCCCUCGCCCGUUCACUGCCACUGGCGGCUCGGGCGGCUCGGCGCGGCGCACUGCUCCUCGGCGCUUUGCUGCUCCGGGCGCUGCAGCCCGCAGCCGCCUGCCUCCCCCGGCCCUGCCCCUCCCCCGUGGAGCGGGGCUGUCGGUCGCCGCCCACCGCCCGGCUGCAGCGGCGAGCCCGGCUGCGGUGCGGCCGCCGAGCGCGCUCCCGCAUCGGCCCUCCGGCCUGCCUUCCCUUAGGGCAGCCCGCGCCCGGGUGGAAGGGAGCGGUCCCUGCCGAGACCGGCCCGGCCCGGCGGUGAGAUGAGCUUCUUCGGCUUCGGGCAGAGCGUGGAGGUGGAAAUCCUUCUGAACGAUGCGGAGAGUAGGAAGCGAGCCGAGCACAAGACGGAGGACGGGAAGAAGGAGAAAUAUUUCCUCUUCUACGACGGGGAGACGGUCUCCGGGAAGGUGAGCCUUGCGCUCAAGAACCCCAACAAGCGCCUGGAGCACCAGGGCAUCAAGAUCGAGUUCAUCGGGCAGAUCGAACUCUACUACGACCGUGGGAACCACCAUGAAUUUGUGUCCCUGGUGAAGGACUUGGCCCGGCCUGGAGAGAUCACCCAGUCGCAGGCCUUCGACUUUGAGUUUACCCACGUGGAGAAGCCGUAUGAGUCCUACACAGGGCAGAAUGUGAAGCUACGCUAUUUCCUUCGAGCCACCAUCAGCCGCCGCCUCAAUGAUGUCGUCAAAGAGAUGGACAUUGUAGUUCAUACACUCAGCACAUAUCCGGAGCUGAACUCCUCUAUCAAGAUGGAGGUUGGAAUUGAGGACUGUCUGCACAUUGAGUUUGAGUAUAAUAAAUCCAAAUACCACUUGAAAGAUGUCAUUGUAGGGAAGAUAUACUUCCUGCUGGUGAGAAUCAAAAUCAAGCACAUGGAAAUAGACAUCAUCAAGCGGGAAACGACGGGCACAGGCCCCAACGUGUACCACGAGAAUGACACUAUAGCCAAGUACGAGAUCAUGGACGGGGCACCAGUGCGAGGAGAGUCUAUCCCGAUCCGGCUCUUCCUGGCAGGGUACGAGCUCACGCCCACCAUGCGGGACAUCAACAAGAAGUUCUCUGUGCGCUAUUACCUCAACCUGGUGCUGAUAGAUGAGGAGGAGCGGCGCUACUUCAAGCAGCAGGAAGUGGUGUUAUGGCGGAAAGGGGACAUCGUACGGAAGAGCAUGUCCCACCAGGCAGCCAUCGCCUCCCAGCGCUUCGAGGGCACAACCUCCCUGGGUGAGGUGCGGACCCCCAGCCAGCUGUCUGACAACAACUGCAGGCAGUAGGCCCCCAGGGCCAAGAAGCUGCUGGGCUUCCACCACGGCACCCCCAUCCACCAGACACCAGCGGCGGGUUGGGGGGAGGGCCACGUGAGGCUCAGCCGACCCGUUACUUGCAACCUGAAAACAAAUCAUGUUUUUGACUUAAAUUCUUUUUUCUGAAGAACCUAACGGGCUUGGGUUGGGAAGCAGUCUCCUUGGGAUUCUGUGGCUGAUGUGGGGAUAGGGAGCGGUAGCAUCCUGGAAGCUAGUCUCUCUCAGGGGGAAAAAGAGCCUUCUGUUGCAGCCCUUCUUGCCGGGCUGCUUCGCGUCUUACAGGAGAGUCGACGGCACACACCCUUGGCUCUGGGUUUUCUGAAUUUCCUGGAAUUAUAGGACCUGAGCAUGUCCCUGGGAUUCUGAGCUGCCAACAGGGCCUGAGUGGUCAUGUCUUGUACUCCCCUCUACAGUCCCUGAGGUAGUGGCAGGAGUUGGGCCUGCCCCGUCCUAAAUGGCAGGGAUAAGACUCGAGAUCAGGAAGCUACCUCUUUGGGAGUCUUGGAUGUGGUGCUCUGAAGUUUCCAUAGGCCACUUUCUUCCUGGCCUCUUACUGCUGGGAGCCAGAUACCUCCCUUCUCCAUCUUCUCUGGAUUGUCAAAAACAUCCUGAAGAGAAGCCUGUAGAAGGGCCUUGGGCACAGAGAAGCCCAUGCAUGGUCAGUAUCAUGCAUGGAUGGCAGCAGUGAACCCAGGAGGCUGAGCCCAGCCCUCUGAGGAAGAUCAUGGCAACUAUCUGCCUUCACCACAUGAUUCCACUGGCCACCCUGAGGUCUGGGUUGUUCUAGGGUGUUGCUCUAUGUGCCCAACAAGCCCUCAGCAAGAGGGUCUGUUUCCUUUAAGAAGAGAUCCUAGGAAGGGGCCUUGACCCCUUUGCCUCCCUGAGAGUGGACCUCGUCUCUCCCUGCCCUCCACUUAGUUUCUAGGAAUCGGGGGUUGGUUUUAAACACUUGGAAAUUUUGUUCUUACUACCACUCUGAGCCCCUUCAGCCCUCUCCCUAUGUGUUAAGGGGGGACAAUGAGGGCCUCAGAAGACUCUGCUACCACAAUUUGAGAAUAAUUAUGCUUGCCAAAUUACAUCCUCAUCCUCGCCAACUGACCCAGGUUUAGGACCAUUGGUAUUUUUUGUUUAAAAACACAUAUAAAAACUCUGGUGGAUAUUCUUGUCAUGCUAGAGAAGAGGGAAGUUCUCCCUCUUGCUCUGUGCUCAGGCCUGUAGUAGGAAAGGUGUUUGUUGUCCUUUUCUGCCUCAUCUGAAAAUGACAGGAAUUAUUCUCCUAUUGGCUUCCCUUCCCUUUAUAAGAAGACCAAGGAACCCUCUGGCCAACUAAUACAAUAUUUGGCGGUCUGGACUCUUAGUAAUUUGGAAGGUAGCGGUGCUGGUUCCUGUGUCACUUUUCAGUUAGUGUGGGAAACGGGACUCCAUUUUUCCUCAGAAAUCCACAGUCUUGGGCCUUUGACUGGGCAGGGCUCAUGGAUCAGAGCUGAGACUGGAGGGAAAGGUAUUUGGCAUGAUGUGCGGUUGACUGGGGGCAGCAGAACUGAGUGUGACACACAAUCCCCAUGGAACAGGAUCACCCAUCCAGCUGCCCUUGGAUUAUCAAAGUUGGGGCUUAAGUGUAUGAGGCAGGUUCGGGUGCCUUGCCUUUUUCAGAGCAUGAGAUUAGGCUCUGGUGUGCCUCCUUUAAAUAGCUGGUAUUCUAACUAGAAGCAUUUGUCAAUUCCUCAGCCUCCCAACUGACAACACAAAUUCAUUUUCCAACUUUCCUAAUAUCUUAAACCUUUCUUCUGGGAGAACUAGAAGAUAGAAUUUGCUUUGAUUCUCUCAGGCGCUGCGCACAAGCCAGGUCUUCUGUUUUCUUUUACACUCUCCCUAUUCUCACCACCUCUGUCCAACUAUGAAAGUGAGGGGAGGCUCCUGUCCCCACCCGCAAGGUCCCCAAACCUGGGAGCGUAUAGGUACUAAACCUAGCAGUGCAACUUGUAAUUAAGCAGCUGCAGUGUUUACAUGUUUCUUAACGUGUCGUCUUUUCAAUGGCUGUAUUUUCAAAGAACACUUGUUUUAUUGGUCUCUGAUUAAAGGAAGCCCCUGUGGCUGUGGGGGCAUUGUGCCCCUGGUCCACCA